AUGCCUGCGAUCAGGACCAAGACGGAUGCAAAUGCGGAUCUGCACCCGGCUUCGACCUCGACUGACGGCAAGCCGGCCAGCUACGACGCUCGUCUGGCCUCCUCGUGUGUGCAAUGCCGCGCUCGCAAGAUCAAGUGCACGAGCGACAAGCCCUUGUGCGCCAACUGCAUCCAGUCGGGCCAACAAUGCGAAUACAGGUUGGUCUCCCCGCGUCUGGCUCUCGACGGAGUAACCGUACCUUCGAGUGGACGGGUCUGUUAUGGCCUGUUGGCAGCCGAUGAAUGGAAACUGACACCGCCCCCACUUGUCUCACGUCCAGGCACCGCCUCAAGCCAGGUCUGAAGCAGGGUGUAGGCAGCGAAUUGCUACAACGAGUCAGGUAGGCCGUUAGAUCUGCAUCGCUUGCUACCGAGUCCGUAUGUGCCAGAGUGCCUGCUCCUGACCGGACCGCUUGCUCCGCGUUCACGUUCGUGUCGAUAGUGUUCUAGAAGAGGUGCUCGCUACGGUCAACUCUCGAAUGGCCGACUUCUCGACGAGGCUCGACCGCUUUGACAAACUCCAACAUCCAAGUCGAGCUGACAUGGCACUAGGGCCAGGUAGCUCUGGUUCAGCAUCGGCAAACAUGCAGUACGCUGCUGCAUCGUCAAAGACGCCUGCGUCGGCCGCUUCCGCGACAUCGACUGGAUCCGUCGCGUCUAUCAACUCGACCGAGCUCAUGCCACCACCGCUGCCGUCUCAUUACUCACACCACGGCGCUCACUACGGACUCGACGAAGAUCUUACGAAGCACCGCUCAUUGGGGACUGCGUCUGUGUCAAAAGAGGACCCACUUGCCGGCAAGUCUGGCUUGCUGGAAGCGAACUCGAAAUCGGUGCCCGAUGAUCUUCCGCCAUACGACUUGCUUCUGACUCUGUAAGUUCGAGCUCAAAUCACCGAAGAACGUCUUCAACCACUCGCCGAACAAAGUAUGUAACAGAGGAGCCGAUCUUGCCUUCACAGUCUCGACCUGUUCUUCGUCCACGUCGCCCCAUGGACACCGUUCGUGCGACGUGAUGUCGGCGAAGCUCUUCGAACAGCCAGCAACAAUGACCACGAGUGGCCCAUUCUGAUUUACGGCAUCGUUGUCGCAAGUCUAAGGGUGUGUGUUACUGUUGCUUCUCCUUGUGUUUGGUACUCUCUGAACGCUGUUCUUUCACUACUAUGUACUCACCCACCGUUCUUGGACCUCUUGCAUUGGCCCAGUUCUCGUUUGAUCCGCGUUGGAACGAUAUCGAAUCGAAAGACGUGUACCGUGAAAGGGCCAAGCGUAGAGUCAUCAUGCACAGUAUGAGCUCGACAUCCGUUGCCUCGAUUGAAGCCUUGAUGCUCGUUGCACUGGAUGAUGUCGGUGCAAAUACGACGCCCGCUGCGUGGGGAGCUCUGGCGCUAACAACGCGAUCGGGUGAGAAUUCGGUCUGAUCUGUCAGACUUGAACCUACUGUCUGACAUUGUGCACAAUCUUACAAAUCUCAGCUGUUCAUAUGUCCCUACACAAGGAAGAGAUGAACGCAUUCCGACCGUCGGACGUCCGUGGUGUGAGUCCGAUGCAGCUGCUUAAUCGAUCGACAAGUCACGCCGAAGCGGAAGAGCGACGUCGCCUGUUCUGGUCCAUCUUCGUUCUCGACAGAUGGAGCGCGACAGCAACAGGUUGGGAGUGAGUUCUUGGCAAUCCCAGUAACCUGUCAACGCCGACUACUGUUGCCUAUGAUCUUGCAUGUCUGACCUUCUGUCUGCCCUCGCUUUUAUCUCCUCCCUUUCCUUCGGAACGGUCCCGGCGCAGUCUUGCCUUUGCGGAUGAGCAUAUCUCAAGACAGUUGCCUUGCAUUGACUCAGAAUGGCUCACGAGUGUAAGUCAGUGGAAGCUCCUGUGUAUCCUGAGCCUAAUAUCUACUCUUCCAAUCUCAGAGCCUCCGACCUACUCGCCUUUUCGUGUCACCACAUCAACAGCUCAGGUCUCAAUCCACGCAGGAGGAACCUAAAAACGCGGACGUGGAGUUGAUUGCACUCAUAGAGGUGACGGAUCUCCUAGGGAAACUGCAUCAACUACAUCGCGAGCGUUUGGAUGAUGUGCAGAAGUUUCGAGAGGGAACCGAGGCAGGUCCCAACUCUGCUUUGGUCUCUUUCAGAAGCGGGCCUAAUGCUGAGCUGACUUGCCUACAUUCUUCAGGCUAUGGAUCACACAUUAUCCCGUUGGUUCUCAGCAUUGCCCAUCUCUUUGAGGAUGGCCAGCCAAUCGAACACGCACCCGCGCCCAAUCCUGAUUCAAGCCCUUUAUUGGGCAACCGUCAUUAAGCUGCAAUCUUUGGUGAGCAAUGGAUCACCCCAUGCUGCUUGACCAACAAGAGCGCAAACUGAUCAUUGCUCCAAUGCAUGCAUAGGUUGCCUACCCACUUGCGCCCAACUUAGCACCCGAUCCGCAGGCCGGUGAGAAGGCACACGAGGCGGCGAAGCAAAUCAGCUACUUGGCCCGAGCUUCGACGGUCAGUAGUGCGUACCUCAGCUGGACGUUCUUUGUAGGGGCAAGAAUGAUGCUGCGUAAGUUGUUUCUGUUUCUGCCGAAUUUGCGACAAUGCGGGCUCUGAUCACUGACCCUUCCGCUUUGGCGUGUUGCAUUUUCCUUGCCAUUUAUAGUGAGAGCAUAUCGACGCAACGAGAUGAUCGACCCUGCAAUCCAAGACACAUUGCGUGGCCUCAGGGAAGCAGCAACAUACUUUGAUCUUGCUGGUGAGCUGGAUGAUGUGAUGCCGUUUCUCUUGACAGGAUCCCUGAUUCCAGAGUUUAGCUAA